AUGUAAAAGUCAAAAGAGCAGCCAAAAUCUCCCACUAAAUCGAAGCCAAAGUCUGCUUAGCUUAGCUUUGAAGUAGUUAAGCACAUUUAUGACUACUUGAAAGAAUAAAGUGGUCUAGCUAAAUAUGACGAUAUUGUAAAGGAAUUGGAAUUCAAAUAUCCAGAUAUAGACUUUACUUUGCAAGAUUUACUUAAAAAUGAGAUUAUGUAAGACAUUUUUACUAAGCUAAUUUUUAGUCAUUAAGUGUAAAACAAAGUUGAUGAGGAUUAGAGUGUAUGGGUUAUUAGAAACAGGACUUCAGAAGCCUAUAAGCAAAUAUAUUAGAGGAAAAGUAUUGAUAAGAAACAGACUGUAAAAUUGCUAGAGUAAAAAUCCACAGACAUUGAGCAGCAGGUUCUUGAUAAAAUCGCCUAGAUGAAGUAGAAAAUAGAGUCAAGGAAUGAUUACGAUGAUGAUAAGACUCAAGAUACUAAUUCUAAUGAUUAAACUGCCAGAAGCGACGAAAAGUUGGAUGAAUUUAACUCGAAUGAGAGUAAAAUUGGGGCGCAAAAAGAGGAAUCUGAAGAUAAGUAAAAAUUGGAGAUCGUAAAGUAAAUCAUCAAGAUGGAGCAAGAACAGGAAGCAUUGAAGCACAAGCUUAACAAUGAUCAGCAGUAUAUUAACUUGCUGCAUGAGUAUAAUUAUCUUAAGGACGCGUGCUUUUAACUCGUAGAGAUUGUAGCAAACAUCGCUCAAGUGCCAGCCAAGGAUAUCUUUGAGUAGUAUGAUGUUAGGGAUGUAGAAUUAGACCAAAAGCAGAAAUGA